GGGGUAAAGCAGAGAGUUGUUCAAUACCUUGUGUCAAUUGUUGAUCUAAUACUGACAGUUCUGUUCUUAUCGAAUGUUUAAGCUUCAAACACCUGUGCCAAAGCUGUCCAUUCAUCAAAUUCUCUAUCAAUUUGUUUUAAUCUCGAAAAUAUUUGUUCUGAACGCUCAUAUAAUGAAUGAAAACGCCUUGAUUCACAGCUAACUAUACUAGCAAAAAGAUUGGAUUCAUUCUCUGUAUUUUGAACUC